GCCACUUCCUGUGCGACGGCCGGGCGGGGUCGAGCGACCAGCGACCGGCGACGAUGGCGGAGCUGAAGCGGUUGCAGAGCCGCCUGGAGAAGCUGGAGGCUCGUCUGUACGGAGAGAGGCCGGUGCAGGCAGCCCAGUUUACCGAUGCUGUUGUAAAAAUCCAGGCCUCUUUGGGUAAUAUUUCCAGCAAAAGGGAGAGGAUAAAGUCUUUGUAUAAGAAAAUUGAUGAUCUAAUAAAGUACUUGGACCCUCAGUACAUAGACAGAAUUGAUGUUCCAGAUGCUAUGAAACUAGAGUUCAUUCUAGCAGAGGAGCAAUUCAUUCAUUCCCAAGUGCGUCUUCUAGAAAUGGUGAAAAAACAGCAGCCUUAUCUCGAGAGUGAGCACAUUAAAGCUGUGCCUAACUAUUCUUCAAGGGUGCAAGCACUGACCCAGGUUCAAAUUCAGGAACAGGAUCAAUGUAAUGCAAUCACAGAAGAUGUAACCAAGAUGCUAGAUGAGUAUAACAAAAUGAUUUUGCUCCUUUCAAAACAGUUUGUUCAGUGGGAAGAAAUGCUAACCAAACUUGAAGCUGCAAAGCAAAUAAAGCCACCCUCUGAUUGACAUAAUGUAGUAUGGAUGGAAGAAAAUGUGGAAGUGGAGCAAACUGUUCUUCAUAUUAUCUACAUAGCAUUGUAUAUGUAAUGAGUAAUUAAAAAAUAUACUGUUUUAAAAUACGUUCCCUAUAAUGUACUUUAAAAUCUUUUGCAGUAAUAUAGUUGGCAUUAUAUGUGAUAGUAAUCAGAAUGGCAGAUGAAUGCCCUAGUGUCACAUCUGCAAGUUUGCGUUAAAAUAUUUAAAACUAACUGUAAGAUGUACCUUUAUGUAAAAUUGAAGAAGAACUGGUUACUUUGACUGUCGCUUUCCUUUUGUAAUAUUUAAGGUCUGGAGUGAUUUGUGCAAAUACGAUGUAAGCUUUUAGUGAACCUAUGUAUGACUAAGAAUUCUUCAGUUUACUGUUGAAUUAAUUAUCAAGAGAAUUGUGUAUACAUAAACUAAA